AUGGAGCCCACAAAAAACCGAGAGGACAUGCAAAUGGCUAAUUUUAGAUCAACUUUGGAGACGUGCCAACUGGAGGAUCUUGGUUAUGUGGGUUCACAUUUUACUUGGAGGAACAUGCAAGAGGAGGAACAUUUUAUUAAGGAGAGGUAUGAAGCAGCAUGGAAAGAAAACAAGGAUUACAAUGUAAUAAUACGGAAGGUCGGAAAGGCAAAAAAUAGGCAGAUUGAGGGGGGGAAGUGCAUCACUAGAAAAUUGGAGGAAAGCAAGCAGGCCAUGUUUAAAUGGAGAAGAGCUAAUAGAGAUGCCUCAAAAGUAGCUAUCAACAAUUUGACGGAACAACUCCAUGGUUUACAAGGAGCUAAGGGGGAGCUGGAUAUGGUGGAAGUUCGGGCUAUUAAAAGGAAGCUUCAGGAGUGCAUGGAGGUGGAAGAUCUAAAGUGGCGCCAAAGGGCCAAGGAGACGUGGUUAGUGCAAGGAGACAAGAAUUCAAAAUAUUUUCACGCAUGUGCUUCUCAACGACGGAGUGCUAAUAAAAUUACAUCCAUUGCUGAUAAAGGGGGAAACAUUUUCACUACCCCGCAGGCAGUGGAGGAGAUUUUUCUCCAAUAUUUCCAAGGGGUUCUAACAACAUCCAACCCCUCAGGAGUGGAGGAGUGCAUUGAGGUGAUUCCGGGCGUUGUGAACGAAGCCAUGAACCAAGAAUUGAUGCAGGCCGUGACCAUGGAAGAAGUAAUUAAGCCAAACCUUAUCACAAAUGGCGCCUCUCAAGGCCCCGGGACCGGAUGGCUUUCCGGCUAG